GCCUGGGAAGGAAGAGAGAAAAAAAUUAAAGAGCGAGGGAAGAGCAUCAGCGUUCAAAAUACAGAGGGAAAGAGAAGAGGCGCCCGCACAGCACAGAGCUCUGCUGCCUGCGGUGCUGCUGCGCACGCCACAGAACUGCAAACAAAAAGAAAAGCCGGAGAAACAAAAGGGAGGCACGGGGGGUGCUAACAAGCAGCUACGUACAAGGACUGGCACCGAGCUGCUCUAUAAAGGACAAGCCGGACCUUGGCAUAGGACCACAGCAUGCUCUCAGCUCUUUCUAGCCUGACAUAGCGCAGCGUCUCAUGGUGGUAUACCAAGCCUCAGCAUGUCCGGGAGGAAGAUCUCAUCGGAAUCCUUCAGCUCGCUGGGAUCUGACUAUACCGAGACCAGCCCAGAGGAAGAACCAGAAUGCCCCCUGGCUCGGAUGUGCUGGAACGGGAGCAAAAGCCCCACCGGGUCUCAGGAUCAGCGCCCACAACCGGUUCCUGGCCCCAGGAGAGCCACCAGGAGGAGACGGGUGAACCUGGACUCCCUGGGAGAGAGCAUCAGGAAACUGACUUCUCCCACGCCGCAGACCAUUCAGGAUACGUUACAGAGAACACUGCAGCAUUAUGAGCAUCAACUGAUUGGCUGUCGGGAUGCAGAGAAGAGUUUACACAACGCUUCAGUGAAAUGCGCAUACGCUGGUCUCUCUGGAAAUGAAGAUGCGGAGGAUGUCUCAGGAAUUCUGCAGUGUACAGCUAAUGUCCUUGGGUUGAAGUUUGAAGAGUUGCAAGAAAAAUUUGGAGAGGAGUUCUUCAGUCUUUGCUUUGAGGAGAAUGAAAGAGUUCUUAGAGCUGUUGGUGGAACAUUAUUUGACUUCUUCAAUGGUUUUGAUGCUUUGUUGGAGCAUAUUAGGACUUCAAUUGGAAGACAAGUGACUUUUGAAUCCCCCUCUUUCCUAUGCAAAGAGCUUGCCGAUGGGACCCUCGUCCUCAGUUGCUUCCAUCUCCAUCACAUUGUAGGGUUUGCCAUGCUUGGCAUGAUAAAGGCAGUGGGAAAGAAGAUCUACCAACUCAAAGUUGAUGUUGAGCAAGUCAAUAACGUCAAUGAGAAGUUGUUCCCUGAAAUUAUAAGUCCGGGUAACUGUAACACGCUUAUCUUCAAAAUCAAGGAACGUGAUAAUGCAAGCAUCACAAAAGCACCUCCAGCUAGAUCGUCCCAUGAUCCUUCUGACUUGAGGAUUAGUAUCAGCACAUUCUGUAGAGCGUUUCCCUUCCACCUGAUGUUUGACUCCAACAUGGUCAUACUUCAGCUUGGAGAAGGACUGAGGAAACUUAUUAAAUGUGAAGUCCAUAAAACCUUGAAGUUUCAUGAUAGUUUUGAGAUUGUUUCCCCAAAAAUCAUCUGUACUUUUGAACAAGUCCUGUUGAGACUGUCCACGCCCUUUUUAAUACGGAACGUUCUAGAUACAUUUGAGCUCGAGAACAAGGAAAAGGUGAUGGAAGUAAAAGGGCAAAUGAUCCAUGUCCCUGAAUCCAAUUCUAUCCUCUUUUUGGGCUCUCCUCGUGUCGACAAACUGGAUGAACUGAUGGGACGAGGCCUGCAUCUUUCUGAUAUCCCAAUCCAUGAUGCCACCCGUGAUGUCAUUCUAGUUGGUGAGCAGGCCAAAGCUCAAGAUGGUCUUAAAAAGCGAAUGGAUAAAUUGAAAGACACUUUGGAAAAAACUCAUCAAGCUUUGGAAGAAGAGAAGAAGAAAACAGUUGAUCUUCUCUAUUCGAUAUUUCCAGGAGAUGUGGCGCAGCAGCUUUGGGAAGGGAAGACUGUGGAGGCUAGGAAAUUUGAUGAUGUCACAAUGCUUUUUUCUGACAUUGUGGGGUUCACAGCUGUCUGCGCAGAGUGCACACCAAUGCAAGUGAUUAGUAUGUUGAAUGAACUCUAUACUAGAUUUGACCAUCAGUGUGGAUUCCUGGACAUUUAUAAGGUGGAAACCAUUGGAGAUGCAUACUGCGUGGCAGCUGGACUUCACAGGAAGAACAAAAGCCAUGCCAAGCCCAUUGCACUAAUGGCUUUAAAGAUGAUGGAGCUAUCGGAAGAAGUUCUCACUCCUGAUGGGAGGCCCAUUCGGAUGAGAAUAGGCAUUCAUUCCGGUUCGGUCUUUGCGGGUGUUGUUGGAGUUAGAAUGCCACGGUAUUGUCUAUUUGGAAACAACGUCACAUUGGCUAGCAAAUUUGAAUCAGGGAGUCACCCUCGACAAGUUAACGUUAGUCCAACGACAUACCAGCUUUUAAAGGGGGAAGAAUCUUUUCACUUUAUUCCACGGUCACGUGAGGAGCUUCCAGAAAACUUUCCGAAGGAAAUCCCAGGGAUCUGUUAUUUCUUGGAGAUGGAUAAAGGCCAAAAACAGCCAAAGCAUCCCUUAACAACUGUCAGAAUGAGAAAGGUUUCAUAUAACAUUGGCACUAUGUACCUUAGGGAAACGAGCGUAUGAAACCUCCUAUAGAUGAAAGACUAUAAAAAAAAAAAAAAAGAUAAAAGAAAAAAAAAAAGCACAAGCCCUUCAAUGGGUCAAGGCAGGAGUGUAGAGAAUCUACUGUGCCAUUAACUGCAAAGAACUCAGCAGUGAGAACUCUGCAUCAAGCCAGGCAAUAAUGACUUAUUUUGGUGGUGAGUGACGGGUGUCGGGAACCCAGCAUGGAGGAUAGAAACCCCAAAUUCCUUCCCUGGUGUUUCCAUUUCAACAAUAAAACCAUCUCACCCCAAAUACGUCCUCUAGGAGUUAACAAAAUGUUCCCACAGCUCAUAUACUUUUAACGAUAGACUCGCCACUUUAGGUUUGUUUCAGUGUUCGUACACAGGAUUAGCCAUCUGCUUGUAAUACAUUCACAAUGUGAAUGGCAGCUAUGUUCCCAGUCGACAUUUCACAGCCAAACUCCACAGUGACGUGCAAUAGUUACGUGACCUGUAGUUAGAUAACACUAAUCUAUUUCAAUCUGGAACAAUACCACGGAAUCAUGGCCAAUAUCCUGAUGUAGCAGAGCGCAAUUUGUCACGGAACUGUACCUUCUGGGCGGCGAGUCAAUCCAUCCAAAAGUCUGCACUGAUUUAUUGGUGUCACGGCUCAGUUUUUUUUAUGUUACAGGGUUCCAAAUAUUUUGCUUACCUUUACAGAGCUUUUGAGUUGAAUCAUAAAAUAUGCAGCCAUCACUGGAGGAGGAAGGUGGGGGGGGGGGGGGGGGGGCGCUUCCUGAAGAAUGAGUUAUACUGGUAACAUUGGACUCAAUGGAAGCUGCAUGAAUUUGUAUGUGAUGCGUAUGUUACAUUUAAAAGGGUUGUUUUAUGAAGAUAUCAGGUCAUAUAGACAUCUUCUGGAUGUCCGCAUAAGCCAUGGUGGAGAGCCAUUCACUAGGAGUGGCUCCCAUUCUGGAGAAUUCGCAAUAUCCGUGUAUUACAAGAUGUAGCAGAGUUAACAGUCAAAGUCAUAACGCGUUAACUAGUUACGAUAACUCACCAAAUGUGUGUGUUAACUGUGCUACAUCUGCCUUGUAAUACUACAGAGGGAAACGCCUGGUUGGCUAUAGCUUCCCCUGGCGAAAUCAGCUGUUUGCUGGUCGUCAUGGAACAAAAGUGGAAAUUUACUUUAAAGGGGUUGUCCCAUGAAAAAUAUUCUACAUUUUUCAAACCAGCAGCUCGAUCUGCAUUAAAAAUGUAGUAGAUCCCCUGAUAUGUAUCCAUAUAGCGCCACCUGCUGUUUGCUCUUUUGUUCAUCUCUCUGUCUACCUCGGUCCCGUUCAGUAUUCAGCGCAGGCGCAGUGAGGGAAGGAUGUUUGCCGACAGCAGACUUCCUCACUGUACCUGCGCUGAAUACGUCGCAGUGAGGAAGCCGACUGCCAGCGAACGUCCUUCCCUCACUGCGCCUGCGCCGAAUACUGAACGGGACGGCGCAGGCGCGAGAUUUCCCCGGCAGACAGGAGACCAAAGCUGGCCUGGCCCUGUCAAUCAAGUGUAGAAGGGCGUAGAAAGAGGAAAGCGAAAGGAGCCUCUAGGAGCAGGCGCAGUGAGGGAAGGACGUUCGCCAACAGCAGGCUUCCUCACUGCACCUGCGCUGAAUACGUAGCAGUGAGGAAUCCGGCUG